UUUUUGAAACGUUAUAUAGAAACUAAUAACCUGUUCAUCCGUGUACGCAUAAACAAUGUACAUGAUAGUAAAGUUUGUUUUAAAUGUGUUCACCGAUACGGAAAACCCAGAGGGCUAAAAUUAGAUGUUAUCGAUCAACAAGGAACGUUGCUCUUUGGUUCUGGGAACGAUUUGUCGGAACAAAGGAUUUUAAGUAUGGCUGUUUCUUUGCAUAUUAAACUUCUAACUGAUAUUUCUGACAUGAUGGAAACAGAUAGUCCGGAAUACAUAAAUUUUGUUUAUAAUAUGACUCAGUUUGUACCAAAAGGGUUACUUAACAGUAAACCAAAUCUAUUGGGAAAGUUUGCUGCAAUGAAAAGUAAAGGGAAACUUGAUAUAGGAAAAUACGAUAAUUUAAAAAAAGUUGCAAAGGACAGUGGAAAUAAUGACGUAGAUGAAUUGAUCCAAGAAAGAGAACAGGAAAUUAUCGAAGCACUGGCGAGUGAAAAUUUGGGAAAGGCCAGUGGUCAGUCUACUUUAACUACCAACUGCGGUCAGUCUGUAUGUCAGACUGGAUCGCAGAAAGAUCGUGGUCAGUCAAGCUCAGUUACACCUAGUGCUAGUAGCAGGAGCGGCCAGAUUAAGUCAGGUGCAGAUAAAGUGGACAUAAAUGAUAAAAACGUGAAGAAGAGAAAACACGAAGAAGAAACAGAUCAAUCGGAUCCAUUGUAUGGGGUUGAUGUACAAGGAAGGGGGAAGUACGAUACUGAUGGGAAGAAGGGGUUCUUGCUUAUUCUCAACUAUGAAAGAUCAGGACUGGGAAAUGAUGUUAGAAACUUGGAAUCUUUCUUCGGUAACGACCUUGGAUUUGAUGUGAAAACAGUUUCGGGCAACCUAACAGCAUCUGAUAUAUGGACAGGUUUGAAUGAAACCAGGGAAAAACUGAAUGGAGAUACAAAACGAACCUAUUAUGCUUUCAUUUGCGUCAUACUUAGCCACGGUAACAAGGUCGGAAUCGCAUUUAAAGAUGGGGAAACAAUAUCGGUUGAUGACAUUAGAAAACACUUCAUAAACAGUGAUCAAACAAUGAACAACUUUACAGGUCGACCAAAGUUGUUCUUCAUACAGUCGUGUCGCGGUGAUGAUGUACAGGGUUUACAUCAAGUUGAUGAGGCAGACGACCAUGAAAAAGAAGAUAUUAUUGACGAGUCAGAUGAAAUUUUCAAUGUUCCUACAGAUGCAGAUACACUUAUUGCUUAUGCAAACACGCAAGGAUAUGCCACGUUAGGUGAUUCCUUAGAUAGCAGCACACAGUUUACAUUCUUCAUAAAUGCUUUGCUCAUGGUUUUCAAGAAAUUUUAUCGGAGAGAUCAUGUAGAAGAAAUGCUAAUCUCAGUCAGAGAAAGCCUUGCCCUGGGCGAGAAGAAAUAUUUUCAUAGACAAUGUAAAUAUUCAAAACAAAUGCCGUGCACGUGGAGCACGCUAACUAAGCGUCUUUAUCUCACAGCCUUUCAGACGGCGAUGGAGCAGAACUAGGCGCUGUCCAUAAAUGAACAAGCUUGUUUCCAUCACAGUGUUUCAAACGCAGAUGCGAUGUUGAAUAAAGUCAUGUAAUCGAAAA